CGGGCAAGAAGUGGCCAAUUACAGGCUACACAUUUACGCGCGUUUUGUGUCGGAAUGAUAGUAAACAUCCAGUGAAGUUCUCUCGUGAUGGCAGCAUCGGUAUACGCUACGCCUCCGCCGGAUUUCAGUGGAGAAGAUACAGCACUAAGCGACGUUUCCAAUUCGUCGCAACAGAGCAGUUCAAAUUCCAUACACUCGAAAACAGCUACAAAACGAAGUCUAACGCAACCAACUAUAACCACAUCGAUAACACCGCUGCUAAACACAACAAUAUGCGUAUCGAAUGGAAAUAGUAGCAGCUGUGGCUUAUCGUCACCAAUCGAUACAAUACCAGACAAUUCGAAAAAGCGUCGAAAGCAACAGACACCGAUACGAAUAUCGGCACUAAACUUUGGUGCCGGUUCAGAACUGCCGGCAACCGACGACGAUCAACAACGACAGCCACUUGCUGGCAAUGAUGAUCAAAAUUUACCGAAAAUUUUUCUUUCAAAUUUAAGUCAACUACAAGCUAAAUUAAGUGAAAUACCUGACCAAGACAACAAUGGCUCACCAGCCAGUGAACAAGAUAAUGACAAAAGUUCGGAGAAUGAUGAACGUGAUGAAGUGGAAAAUGGAGAGAUCACCUCCAGAAUGUAUCGUCAUAAUAAUCUGAACUGUGAUCAGUGUAACAUGAAAUUCGACUCGGAAGUGAAAUUAGGAUUGCACAUCCUUCAAGAACAUGGACCGAAAAGUCAUCAAAUCAAAGACUCGGACGGUAAUGUGGACAGAUUUAAAGUGAAUAUCAAAAAGGAACCGCUUGGUGGUGAUCCGGAAUGGAAUAAUGACGACGAUAAACCGCAAAAUACAAAUGGGCAUUCGAAGCCUGAAGAUUGGCUGUCGAUACCCGGAUUACCAUUUUCAUUUCCACCAGAAGCAGCGGCAAUGUUUUCAGCCUCUGGCUAUCUACCACAAUUACCAUUACUUGGAGUAUCAUCUACGUCACAAUAUCCAUCCGCUGAUGGAAUCCACCGUCCCAGUGUUCCACCAUUGCGUAUUUUUAAUCCAGAAGCGUAUUGCGAUCUAUGUAACAAGGAAUUUUGCAACAAGUACUUUCUCAAGACGCACAAAGCCAACAAGCACAGUAUCUACGAUCCGAUUGUAUCAUCGGCUGAUAUGCCGUCUACUAGUCAACUGACUCAUAUGUCACAAGUUUUUCAACUGCAGCAGCAGCAACUACAAUCUCAGGCUCAGUCACAAUCAACAAACCAACAAUCUCAAUCACCACAACAGCAACAACAAUCACAAAUAUCUCAAGGUUCUUCCAGCAGUGUGUCAUCAUUUUCACAGGAACCAUCCGUGUUCUGUGACAUUUGUUACAAACGGUUCACUAACAUUUUCGCUAUGCGGCGCCAUCGCAACAAGGUCCACGAAAUUCCACCCCAAAAUGACCAGAAGUCUGAGGGUAAAUCGUCAGCUGGAGCAUCAAACACUUGUACGCCAUACACUGUACCCGAAGGAUUUCGGGAAGACUUUUCAAUCGAACAAGAAGAUGCAACAUUCACACCGCAACCGAGAAAACUGUCUCCCAGUUCGAGUCAACAGGCUCGUGAUUCGAAUUUUUCCGUGGAUAAAUUGAAGCGCUUGGGGGUCAUCAAUCCGGAAGCGUUCUGUGAACUGUGCUGCAAGGAAUAUUGCAACAAAUACUUUUUGCGAACGCACAAAAUCAAAAGGCAUGGUAUUUUCAUGCCGGCUGAUGACAAAGACGAGAAACAGGCUUGGCAAUUUGUCCAAACGAGUCCAUUGAAUCUGAUGAUGGGCACAGUUGAGCAGAUGAAUCGCUUCCAAAAUCAACGAAAACUGGAGGCUGGUGAAAUUCGGAAGCCAUCGUUUGAUACUGUCGACGAAGUUGAAGGGAAAAAGCUAAAAUUGGAAGAUAACAAGAAGGCAAUCGAUGGCGAAGUGACAAAAGAUGGUAACAAAUCGUCGGACGACACCCCAUCGAAUCCGGAUCCGGAUGCAAUUAGUGUCGAUCUACAAAAACUACAGUCCAUGAUACUGCAACUGAAUGACUUGAAUGCCCAACGACCCGUUGGUUGCGGAUUGUGUGGCAAAGAAAUGGAUAAUCAGUACGCUUUGCACGCUCACAUGAUGACUGAACAUGCACAUAUCGGUGAAAACAACAAUGGGACUAAGCGGUCACAGAGUUCUUCGCCAGUGAAUUGUCGUAUUGAAAUAUGCAAGCAAUGUGAUAAGGAAUUUCCCAACAGCUUUGCAUUAACGCAACAUUUGUAUGAAGUGCACGGCAUCCAACAGAACAGUCCUGUUCGCGAGGGUUUUGUAACACCAGAUCGACCGAUAUCCGAAAUGGGUUUGCUGAAUGUGUCUGGUCAACUCGGCGAUCGGAAAGCGUACAGCAUCACGCCGACAAGCAGUUACUGUGAAAUUUGUAACAAGGAAUUGUGCAAUAAAUACUUUAUGAAGACUCACAUGCAUCGCAUGCAUGGCAUUGAAAUAGAAAAUGGAGCUCAAAUUGGCGGUGUGGUGUGUAACAUUUGCAAUAAGGAACUCUGCAGCAAAUAUUUUCUUCGAGUGCACAAACAUAACACUCAUGGCAUUGUUGACGAAGGUUCACCGCUACCACAGCCACGUCAAAAUGGUGAUGGUAUCAGAUCCGAACCGAUAUUUCCGAUGGAGGUGGGCCUAAAGCCUGGCGAAAUAAGUGAGCUGAGCAACAGAUACUUUACGCAUUUCACUGAAGUAUGUCCACUGUGCAAUCGCCGUUUCCGUGGAUCGAAGUGGCUACGAACACACUUGAUGUCAGACCAUGGCAAUGCUGGUACAGAAAAGCUACGAGAAAUCGAGCACACCAUGGAUCUGCCAAAGUCGACCAGUCCAACACUGAAAAUUCCCAACGGGGCAUUCGGUCUCAAUCCGAACGAGUCGAAUUUCAUGCAUAAGAAUUCGCUGACAAAUCUAUUUGCCGGUGAGGAGCCAGUCAGUUCGACAUCUAAAACCAAAGAAUAUCAGUGCACGUUUUGCUCGUUUUCCACGCCGUCGUAUGCAUUUUUGUUCAUACACGAGAGAUCUCACACUUUGUUGAGUGGACCAGCGAGCCAUCACAAUCAAUCGGAAUCGGCUGUUUCGAUAGCUAAAGAUCAACAACGGAUUAUGCAACCAGCUUCGUAUGGUGGUGUAACCAAUUCCAAUUCGUCGGAAACACCAACAUCUACACCAGCGACUACGCCAGUACCUGUACCAUUAACACCUCAGGAAUCAGCUCUCACCAAACAACAACAGCAUCUUCAGCAGAAACAGGAUGAAGCACAACAACAAAAUCAGAAACACCAGGAUGAGGAUACGAAAAAUGAAAAUCAACUAGAACAACCGCUGAAUGGUGGUAAUGUAUUAACGGAAGCGGCAAAUAUGACUCAACGGCCAGCUACGUACGCGUUACCUCAAACAAGUGAUGGUAUUACAAUGCAAUCGUUCCUAAUGGAAGAAAUGGUGUCAACAUCAUCGUCAUCCAAUGAGGACGGGGUCCAGAACAGGUUCGUACCGUCUAUUGUAUUUUUACCAGUUAAAGAACGUAUUUCAGGGAAACUGACGGUGUCGUUUAGUUUGACACCGGCUUAGAGAAUAUUCUAGCUUUCCAAUUGAACGGACGGUGAAAGUUUGUGAUCAAUUUUGCGCGAUGGUCAUUUUCAUUAAGUCUAACAAUGUUGUAGGACAUGUGAUUGUGGGAGGCUGUACAAGAUUUUCGUUUCGAAUUUGAUGGUCCGUAAGAUGUUCUUGUUCUUACAAACAACCACGGAGACAAUUUACAAUUAUUUUUCGUAAACUUUUCCCUAUUUGUCCAUGCCUUUUAAACUUUGAAUUUAACGUCGAAGCGCCAAAUUCCUUUGUGACAUUUUUCCUGAGUAAAUUAACAGAAACGAACAAAAACCAAAAUGGAAAUGGAAGGAAAAAGUUUUCCAGGUCCGAUAGACAUGUAACGAAAAUUGAUUUUCUUUCUUGUUAGUGACACUGAUUGAUCUGAGGCUUUUAAAACUUUCCCGUGAAUUGUCACCGUGUAAUUUUUUGAAAUUCAUUUUGUCUAACGUUCUUGCCGGAGUUAGAUAGUUUUACCGUAUGAAACUUCGCUAAAACUGUAUGGGCCUUGCCUUUUCCAUAUCACGAAAUCGAUGUAAUUAACUUAUACUGACAACGGGACAUAAGCCUUUCGUGAGGGGUUACCGACUACCUAAAAUCAUGUGAGACCAUUCGCCUAUUUCAUCGGAAUUUUCUCGUGUUUUAAUUGUAUUCUCUUUUGUAUGCUGUUUACUUGGCAUCUGACUCGUGUGACGCCAUUUCUUCGACUCGAUCUCCCGUCGAUUUUUUGCUUCCAUAAAGUUUUUGAAAUGAAGCACUAGAUUUGUUAAAACUAAGGAAGUAGUAGACUUAAUCGUUAUCUACUGUUUAUAUAAGGUUAACAAUCUGCCUAGUCAUUCUACAUAUAACAUUCAAUCUUGUACUAUAACCCAAUGAUUACAUCGCCCUGCACGUUACACUGAAUUUAUCAGAAUCAUUUGUAUACCAUCCCAACAUUAUGACAUUCUUCACCGUUCGACGUAAUUUGUUUAUUGAUUUUUAUUUUUAAGCCAAUAACCGAAAAGAUUUUUUAUUUAACUUGAAAAUCAAAAUUAACGGAAAAGACUGAGUGAAAAUUUAAAAAUUUAAAUCCGUUAAGCCAUAUUUCUCUUUUCUAUGUC